UAUACUUGUUGCAAGCUUUCGAAGCUCCAUGGGCUUCUUCACCAGGCAAGAUGUUACAAACCAAACCGGGGGGUGGGGGGGGACAUUGGAGAUGUUAUUCAGAUGCUGCAUGUUGUUUCAGUCCUUAGUAAAGAUGGAGACAUGUUGGAUUUCACAAGAGGGGUCCCUGUUGACUAGUAAUGGUACAAAAGUGGGUUCCUGGAUCUGGUUUUAAGAUGAUCCGCUGUUACAAGAGGCUGAGGCAGACAGGGCCCGAACGGCUAAUUGACCACAAAGUGGUACCACUAUAUUCUAGAGUGAAUGGCUGGUCUUUACCUCUCCACUCAUUCCAACUCAUCACCUUUUUGCUUUAUUCAUACUUGGCUAUAGUGGGCUUCAGUAUCUACAUACCUCUUCUCCCAAAUGAAUGGAAGUAUGUUGCCUAUAUUGUGAUUGGCAUAAUUUUUGUGCAUCACUUAAUCACUCAUCUUGUUGCAGUCACUAUUGAUCCAGCAGAUGAAAACAUACUGGCUAAGAAGAAUUAUAAUAAACCCAUGCCAAGUUUUGAUCGAAGCAAAUGCAAACACGUUAUUCAGAACCAUCACUGCUCUCUCUGUGAAACUGAUGUAGGGCCCAAAACUAAACAUUGUAGUACCUGCAAUAAAUGUAUUGCGGACUUUGACCAUCAUUGCAAUUGGCUUAAUAACUGUAUUGGAAGCAGAAAUUACUGGUUUUUCUUCAAUGCUGUUGCAUCUGCUCUUGUUGGGAUCCUUCUGAUGAUAUUGGUGAUCCUAUAUAUCUUCAUCCAGUAUUUUGUGAAUCCAGCACAACUCCGCACAUCGCCUCAGUUUGAAAGUGUCAGUGGAAAUGGCACUUGGUUGGCAUUUCUUCCUGUUGCCCCAGUAGAAACUACAGCAGUUGGAAUUUUGACCCUAGCAGCAUUAACUAUGGCUUUGGGAACUGCAUCUCUCUUUCUUCUUGGACACUUACUAUUGUUUCAUCUCUAUCUGUUGAGUAAGAAGAUGAACACAUAUGAAUACAUGAUUCAGCAUCAUCCUAAACAGUGUACUAUAUCUCAGGACAUGAGCGCAGGGGCAACAUCAGAUACAACUUGCAAAAUGGAACCAUUACAGGAGUUAUUUCAAGGAAGAAAAACAGAUAAUAUCAAACUCCCCACUAUAGCAGGAACACUUCCUGCCUGACUUCAUUUACCAGGAAUGGCAUCAGGAAUGGCCAGCUGCCCAAGAUCUUACCUGUGUAACAUUUCUGGAAGAAAUGUGCAGUGGGCAAUAUUCAUUUAUACAUAAUGACUACUGGAUGCACCUGAUCAACCAGGUUAAAAGGGAUUGCAAGCCCGUUGUUACUCUGUACGAGUUGGGUCCAAAUUGGCCUCUGCAAUUAGCUUUUUACUUUUUUAUACUUUUGUUUCUCAGAUAGUGCUGUUAAAUGGAACACUGUCCACAGGUAAAAGUCACAUGUAAAGAAAAUGUUUAAUAGUGGCAAUGUCCAAUGUCAGACUUCAUCUGGUCAAAUUUGGAUACUGACAAUCUCUGUUAUGUUACAGUUAAUAUGUCCUUUUCAAUAGCUAGCAGUGUCUAUCUGAUAUCAGCCAAUUACUUGAUUAUAAGUGGUUGGAGGAGGACAUGGGGAUGAAGAUUGUCAGGGGUAUGCAUGCAUCAGUCUAAUAAUCUGAUGUCAUUUAAAGGACUACAGGGAUUUCCCUGCAACAAAUAACUUCCCAACCCUGUCUCUAUUUACUUGGAGUGAGAACCUCUUUGUCUGGUUCUGCUUCACGAAGGAAUAACCUCGGCUGAAGAAUAUGGAAAUAUCUAUGAAUAACCAUGUACAUGUUAUUCCUUCUAUAAAACCAGUGAUGUCUACAGAUACAAAAGAGACUGAAGGUAAAGAAAACCUUCCUCUGCUGCAGAGAGACUUUCAGAUGGCCAGCAAAAUAUGUAGGAGAAGGUCACCGGACAUGGAAGACAAUCUGAAAGAGGAUCAUUUUGAGAUUAAUAGCAAGAAGAAACAGUUUGAGAAGCAAAAUUAUCACCCAAGGAGCUAGGAAGAGCCAAAGAAGUUUAGCUGAUUUUCUAUGAAUGCGUUUGCAUCAAGUAUUCCUGCAAAAAGUCCUGCUUGAUAAAAUGCCAGCUAAAAGUAGGUUUAGGAAGAAAAUGUAUAGCUGGUCUUUUCAAAAACAUUUCUUACAAAUGAAUUCUGUGAUUUUGUUGCAUCUGAGGGAUUAAUUUAAUGAACUGAUCAAAACAAGAUUUGUAUCUGUAUGUCUUAUUUUCUUAGGUAAGAUUGGGUCUUAUUUAUUUGACAUUUACCCAGAAGGAUAUUUCUGACUUGCACUUUAUAUGUGAGAGGGAUUUUUUCUUCAGACAGAAAUGUUCUCUAGAGGUUUGUGGCUACAGGAAAACAUGUGAAAAGUAAAUGCAUUUAUUUUGUAAUCUUCAUAAUUUUAAUGUAGAUUAUUUAAAAUAAUAAAAUUGUUUUUUAAG